AUGAAAUAUAAAUUCUUCCUGGGCAUCCUGUGCCUAGGAACAGUAUCCUGCCUUGGAGUAACCGACCUCACUUGCGCUGAAAACUCUGAUUGCUACGCAUACAAUGCUUUUUGCAAUUCAACAACCUUGACUUGCUACUGCAACGAUGCAUUCUCCUACUACCUUACCCCGCAAGACCCCGAAAUCGAAGUCAAUGGGCAAUUAUUGGAAGAAACAUGCGUCUUAAAAACUCCUUGCGACUUUUACGUGGAGGAAAAUGGCCCGUGCCCUGCUAACUCGAAUUGCAUGAUUCAAAUCGAUGGAACUGCCGAGUGCGCUUGUUAUCCUGGCUUCGAAUCGACGGAUGCUGACGGUCAAGUCGGAGUGGAUGGGGUUACUUGUGAAAGAAUUAAUCCAUGCAACUCCUACUCCUGUGACGCAAUAGCAAAUUCUGAGUGCGUUGCCCUUUCCGAAACGGAAGCUAAUUGUGCAUGUGGCAAUCUUUACGAGCCGUACGUUUUCGGACAAUCAUGGGAGCUGUCAGAAGACGAUCUUUUUCCCAAUUCAUUUGCGCCAGACGUCAUUUGCAAUCCUAAAUUUCCCUGUUUUGAUCAAACCUGUGGUGGGAAUCAGACCUGUGUCGUGAACAACAACGAUGACGGAAUUCCCACUGCUUUCUGUGCCUGCGACGAUGGCUUUUCCUCUACUGGAGCUCAAACAGUCCUCAUGUCGGAUGGCGGUCUUGAGUGCGAAGAUCUCGACGAGUGCUCUGAUGACGCGCUUAACUUUUGCGCUGCCACUCAAACCUGCAUCAACCAAGUUGGAAGCUACGAAUGCGAAUGCUCUCCUGGAUACCUUCCAAAUACUGACGAGAACACAGUGUCUGUUGCUCCUUGUGUCCAAUGCUCAGGACCAGGGGCAACGGAAAAUGACGGAGAAUGCACUUGUUAUAAUGGAGCGAUUCUGAGCGAGGGUGAUAGUACCCUCUGUGUGUGUCCUGAUGGUUGGGAACAGGUAGGUAAUAUGUGUUCGCUAGGAGGAACUUCUUCGACAACAACCACAACUACUACCACAACUACGACUACAACAACAACUACUUCCACGACGACAAGUAAGACUACGACAACAACCACUACUACGACGACAACCACUACUACGACGACAACCACAACAACGACAACUACAACAACGACAACUACUUCAACAACAACAACUACCACUACUACCACUACGACAAGUACAACUACGACAACUACGACUUCCACAACGACCACUACUACGACGACAACAACAACAACUACAACUACUACAACAACGACAACUACAUCCACCACAACUACAAGCACAACAACAACAACUACGACAACAAGCGAACCUUGCUUUGGUCCAACCAGCCGUUUUGAAAAUGGCGCUUGCACUUGCGACUUUACAAUCCGAAGUAUCGAACUAAAAGAUGACCAGAAAACCUGCCGUUGCAAAGAAAAAUUUACUUGGAGAGAGAAUCUUGGAAUUUGCGACUGUGAGCCUGGUCUUUUCAAAUCGAUUCGGGGAGGUUGCGUUCCACCAGAAGACAACUACAUUCAAUGGAAGGGACCCUUCGGAAAAUGCGAAGGAAAUCGUCGGAAACGAGCGAUCAAGCAAAUCGACCGUGUUGAAAAUGGCGCUACUGAGGCUCCUUGGUUCGGAAGAAAUGUCAACUCUUGGAAAGUCACUGAAAAAUGCGGCGCCGAUAGACCAGAUUUUUGCAUGGAUUGGUUUGCUGAGUUCAAUGAAGAAAGUGGGCUAUGCGAAUGCAUCGACGGUUACACUGACAGCGUUGAUGGGUGCACACCUUGGGAAAAUAAUAAAGAUUCAGCUGGACAAACGAUCAUGGAUGAAAUUCUCCGACGUCUUCGAUUUAUCGAGGAAGAUGGUUCUUUGAACUCGAUCAACGCCAAACGACUCGGUGCUUUUGAGCGAUUCUUCUCAAUAAUGGAACAGAAGGCGCUCGCGAAGGCAAGGUCUGGUUGCGGAGAAAGGGGUCGAGGCAUGCAUGGAUCCUUCAUCGAUGAAAAUCUUGAUUUGUUCCGCAACUUUGAAAUCGAGUCUGCAAAGGGCGACAACAACCACAACGCUCUCCGUAAGAUCAUCUAUCUCUACAACAAAUGGCAACAAGCGUAUCUGUGGAAUUGCCCAAGAUCUGGGUAUGGAUAUGAUCCCCAAGAUCCGUCCGAUCCAACCGGAACAGUUUGCAAAUCGAAAAACAAGAAAGAUUCUUUCAAAUGCCGAAUCCAAUUCCAUUUUGACAUCCUUUUCGACCGAGUUUUCAAAGAAACAAAACUCGACUGGUAG